GGCACGACCGCUGCCGACUCCCAGUGCUGCUGUUUCUCGUUCCUUUCGUGGCAAUGUCGGCGUGGACGGAGCAGUUCGGUGCAGCUGGCGUUCCUGGAGAUGCGUCUGCACAGCCUGCGGGAAGAGGGGUCAAAUACAUGAAGGUCGAAUGCACAGAGGAGAAGGCCAAGUCGAACCUAGCGUUGAAGCUCGGCGUCAUUGCGAAUCAAAAAGUCAGGUUGUUAGAGGCAGCUUGCACUGUGCAGAUCGAGAUCCCAGUCGACGGCACCCUGUGCUGGCCAUGGCUUGGGGCCGCCCGACUCUUCCUUUGCACGGCGGCCUGCCUGACGCUGGUGGAGACGACUACCGCCGAGUUCAAGACGGACGUUCAGGAGUACCUUGCUAAGUACAAGCCUGGCAGUGUCGAGGCGCAGCACAUGGUCGGCCUGUUCAGGAUGGAGAAGAUGUUCGACAGCAAAAAGAGGCGCCUCAUCAUCGCGAUGAAGAACGAGCGGUGGGAGAAGGUGUUGCUGAGUGCCAUUGAGGAGCACUGCAAGAAAAGGGCCUUUGCAGGCCCACGCCCGCCUGGGCACCUGGAGCUGGAGGGCCAGAAGGUGCUGGAGGCUGGCCUGUAG